CCACUGCACUUUUGUUCCCAAUGGCCUCCAGUGAGCUAGUGCGUUGCAAAAGUAGCGAAAGUCCCCUCACAAUAUUCAUCGGAAAUAACAGCGCCAACAGUCAACCUAGUUUCAACAGAUUGUGUCCAUACUGCCUGACAAAGUCUAACCACCCACGACUGGGACGCGGAGAAGCUUACGUCUGUGGUUACAAGCCAUAUCGAUGUGAAAUAUGCAAUUACUCGACAACGACAAAGGGAAAUUUGGCCAUUCAUCAACAGUCGGACAAACAUUUAAACAAUGUCCAGGAGCUGGAGCAGACAGGCGUUAAACCGGUGACAAAGACCCCCACAUGCUCUACACACACUCAUCCAGCUUUUUCCAUGUUGCCUUCGACGCACUUACAGUCAAAUGUCCAGAAGGCCAGUGUUGACACAAUCUCCCCUUGCGGAAGCAGUGACCCAUGUGUUCCACGUCGAAACGGGGAACCGGGCAAAUCUUCGUUCAUUUUUCCCAGGGAGUCAUUGACAUCGGAAACUGAUGAAGAGGAUUUUGCUGCAUUUAACAACGGAUACUUACAUAUGACCAAAUUAUCGGUUGACUGUAAUUCCGAAGACACGUUGAGCACAGAAAAAUUUGUUGCAAAACUCACCGAGUCAUCACCAUACCCGUUCGCUUGCCAAGUCUGCUUUGCAUUCACCACUGACAAAUUGGAUGUAUUGCUGAAGCAUGCAGAACGCAUCCGCAUACCUCUAAAUCAGAACCAUAUGACUCCAUUCAUCACCACCCACUCUGGUGGCUUUUGGCUCUGUCGCCUGUGCUCCUAUAAAAGUCCGCUGAAAGCAAAUUUUCAACUGCAUUGUAAGACAGAGAAGCAUUCGCAGCGGCUGAGCCUCCUGUUACAUGUGUGCGAAGGUGGCCCAGCAAACCAGUUACGUGUUUUUGGUCUAAACGUUUCUGAUCACAAAGGUGGUACUGGAACACAAAGUCAUUUGGAACUCAUACGGCUUUUUGAAAAUGGACAAGUCCAACGACAAAACAAUGUACAUUCAACAUCAAACGUUCAGCUGCUUUGUUUGGCUUGCGACGUUUCAACCACAUCUGUACACAAGUUUCGGAUCCACUGCCAGUGUAGUCGUCAUUUACGAGCGGUGGCUCUUUUCAGUUGGUUGGUAAGUACGCGGAGCUUUUUGUGGAACAAGCUUGCUACAUGGUCCCUUACAUACAUGGACAAGCUACGAGAAUCAGCUGCAGUGGAGGACUCGGAUCACGAAAUCAGACCUGUUUCUGUUUCGGGAAAAUUUAGUGAAACAAUACGCAAAUUGUCCCACAUGUUAACUCAGGUACAUGUUGAGUACAGAUGUUUCUCCGGGUGCUCAAACGAGGCGGGCCAGGAGUACGAGGAUACGCUUCAGUUUGAAACGAUGGCUAAAGCUCUUUCACAUUGGCAUUCAUUGGAACACCAACAAAGAAUCAUGCGUCAAUCGACCCACUGGAUCAGCACCAGCGAAUGUCAUUCCAACGUUCAGGCCUGCCGCGAAGGCAUCGAGGUUAUCUGGGUACUGGAUGAAUUCAAAGGAUCAGUUCACCAAUGGACAAACCUAAUAGCCCAAAUGUUAGACAGUGUUGCGAUGAAACAACCACAGAUUUCAAGCGGGAAUUCUCAGAGUACCGAUGAAUCAACAUGCGCGGUAACGAUGAGUAACUAUUUUCCGCCUAUGAACGGAAUGUAUUCGCCGGAGAUGGCCCAACUAAAAGACGCAGAGUUCACAAAGAUACAAA